AUGGUGGGGAACGACUGGAUCAACAGCUACCUGGAGGCCAUCCUGGACGCGGGGAGCGCCGCAAGGGACAUCUCGGCCGCCUCGUCUUUCGUGGGCGGCGAUGGGCCUGGCGCGGGCUCCGCGGCGGCGGAGAAGAAGCGGGACAAGGCGUCGCUCAUGCUGCGGGAGCGCGACCGCUUCAACCCGGCGUGCUACUUCGUGGAGGAGGUCAUCUCCGGAUUCGACGAGACCGACCUCUACAAGACCUAG